AUGGCCCACAUCCGUGGCACCGCGGGCUACAACCUCGGCCACCAAAACCCAUUUGGCGGGCCCGGUAGCGCAGAUGCCACCAAUGACCCUAGUCCACUUGACGCUAUUCGCGAGCAGACAAGCAAGAUCGAAGACUGGUUGGACUCACUGGCCGACCCUGUCAAGCCGUACCUCCCCGCGGUCGGACGCUUCCUCAUCGUGGUGACCUUCAUCGAAGAUUCGCUGCGCAUCCUUACCCAAUGGAACGACCAGCUCCUCUACCUCCGUGAUUUCCGCAAGAUCCCUUGGGGAGUCACUCAUGUCUUCCUUAUCGUCAAUGUCAUCGCCAUGGCUAUUUGUUCCUCUCUCGUCAUUGCCCGCAAGCGCACCGAAUAUGCCGUCGCGGGAUUGCUCGCUGUCGUUAUCACACAGGGUCUUGGAUACGGUCUCAUCUUCGACUUGAACUUCUUCCUUCGCAAUCUGAGUGUUGUUGGUGGUCUUCUCAUGGUCUUGUCUGACUCCUGGGUGCGCAAGAAGUUCGUUCCCGCCGGUCUGCCCCAACUUGACGAGAAGGAUCGUAAGAUGUACGUCCAGUUCGCUGGUCGUGUUCUGCUUAUCUUCCUUUUCGUUGGCUUUGUGUUCUCCGGCGAGUGGAGCUUCUGGCGCAUUCUGGUCAGCCUGUUCGGCUUUGUUGCUUGCGUCAUGGUCAUUGUUGGUUUCAAGGCUAAGUGGAGUGCCAUCAUUCUGGUUGUUCUGCUGAGUCUCUUCAAUGUCUUCGUCAACAACUUCUGGACGCUCCACCCCCACCACCCCCACAAGGACUUCGCCAAGUACGACUUCUUCCAAAUUCUGUCCAUCGUUGGCGGUCUUGUUCUCCUGGUCAACAUGGGUCCUGGUCAAUUGAGCAUGGAUGAAAAGAAGAAGGUUUACUAG